AUGGCUCCUCUCGCAUCUGCCGCUCUCCUGCUCGCCGCCUCGGCCGUCGUCAGCGCACACUUUACGCUCGACUAUCCGCCCACCAUUGGCUUCGACGACGACAAGGAGGGCACCGGCCCCUGCGGCUCCUUCACCCCCGACUUCGCCAAGGACAACGUCACCGACUUCCACGUCGGCGGCGACAACGUCGCCAUCAACCUGCUCCACCCCCAGGGCACCUGGCUGUACCGCGCCACCCUCGACCAGACCGCCACCGGCAACAACUGGACGCAGCUGCACCCGGAGACCAUGCAGACGGGCCUCGGCAAGUUCUGCCAGCCCGCCAUUGCCGUGCCCGAGAGCUGGGCCGGCAAAAAGGGCGUCCUCGGCAUCGUGGUCGAUGCGCCCGAUGGUCUGCUGUACCAGUGCGCGGCCGUCAACUUUGUGGCGGGCGCCGCCACCCAGAACCAGUCGACCUGCACCAACAGCUCCGGCGUGACGGCGUCGUUUGUGACGGACGCGAACCUGGCGCCGCUGGCGGCCGGCAACAACUCGGCGGGCGACGCGUCCGCCUCAGGCACCGGUUCGAGCGGCUCCACGCCCACGACCACCGGCACCGGCAGCACCGGCUCGUCUACCAAGAACGCGGCACCCGGCCGCGUCGGCGGUUCUCUGCCGCUGGGCAGCGUGGCGGGCGUUGUCCUGGCGGCCAUGUUUGGCAGCGCCUUCAUGAUGCUGUAG